AUGGAAAGCAUCUUCAACGCAAUGCCGACGGGCGAUGCUGGCCAGUCGUUGAAAAAAGCACCAAUCCGAUCGAUGGCGUCAUUAGCGGGCGCGCUGCUGCUCCUUUCGGCCACGGCCAGCGCCGUCGUGAAUAAUGCAAACCAAUCCAACGGGAACCACGAGGCCCAGCGACGAGAGGCACCGUUGGCGGACUCGUACGGACCACCGCCGGCGACGGGGCCAGAGCUGCCGGUGCCGGUCUACGGAACGCCAGCCGUGGCCCACUACCCUCCGCCACCGCCCGACGUACCUCCAGCGCCCGUUCCACACAAAGAGUACGGAGUUCCGGUGCAGAACUAUGGACCACCGAACAUCAACAUCGAGUAUGGGCCUCCCCCACCGGCCCCCAAGCCGGUCUUCUACCCGCACCACAAACCGCACCAGUUCCACGGUCCUCCACCACCACAUCCGAAAAAGUCGUCCUCCUUCCUGGAGCAACUCUUCUCGACGUUCGGAUUUGGCGGCGGUGACGACAGCGCGCCCCAUCAUCAUCAUCACGCCCCGAAACCGGUGUACGGACCUCCGCCGCACCUCGCCCCGGCGUACGGUCCCCCGCCUCCGGCUCCGAAACCUGUCUACGGACCUCCGGUUCCGGCUCCACAGCCGCUCUACGGACCACCUCCGCCGCCAGCGCCGCUGUACGCUCCCCCGAAACCGGGCUACGGUCCGCCACCGGUUCAGUCGGGCUUCUCGCUCCAAUCGGCCCAAUCCUUCGGCCACCACCACCACCACUCGGCAGUCCAUGCUCCACCGACUCCUCCGGAGAUCAAGUGUGACGGAUGGAAGCCCAUCGCCGGCCCAGUGGUCCAGCCCGAAGUGCAUGCCCCCGAGUCCUCGUACGGCCCGCCGCCGAGUGGUGACUUUUUGGCCAAUCAUCAGCACGCACCCGUCGAUUCCGGCGACAUCGGUCUGCAGUUGCCGAAGCUCGAACAUGGUGCCGCUUUUAACGCACACUCCGAGCCCCCGCUGGGCCUCGAGCUGCCCAAACUGGCGAACAAUGAGAUUCACUCGAACUUCGUGUCGGACUCGUACGGAGCGCCCCCGAGCGAUAAUUUCGGCCCAGCCAAGUACAAGCCGCCGCCGUUCCCCAAGUCCCCACUAGGUCCUCCGCCACCGCAGAAGCUACACUUUGGUCCUGCACCCGGACCGCACUAUGGGCCGCCGGUGCGUCACGCGGGUCUUGCCAUUUCGCACGGAAGCAUCAGCGGGAACCUGAAGCCCUGGCCAGUGUCCGGUUCACCCCCACGUCACCCGAUUGCCUAUCGGCCGCCGGUGCCGCAAGGACUGAUUGAAUCCAUUGGCCACGCCGUCGAGCACGAGGAAAACUUCGGAACCAAACCGGCCUACUCCGGGAACGUCUAUCUGCCGCCACCGACGCGGGAUGUCGCGCAUGCCGAAAGCCUGGAACUCAAUGCGCUGCCCUCGGAACAGCCAGCGAAACCGUUCCUCACGCAGCAUCACCUGUCGAUUCAGGAGCCGCGCUAUCAAGCACACGACAUAGUAUCGGUGGCCAACGACUGCGGACACGGCCCCACAUCCGUCGACGUGCAGCCAUCACUCCAAACGAACCAGCUCUCGAUCGUCGGACCCUCGGCCAGCUAUUCGGCCGACUACAGCAACUCGAUAGAGGGUGGCCACUAUGACACUUCCGCCUCGGAGGGACACCUGCAGGCUUCCCAGCUGCCCGGGCUUGACGGUGGCCUCGGCGGCCUGGAGCUGAUCUCGGCCCAAAAGUCACAAAGUCUCACGAUUCCGGUGCAGGGCCAGCACGGCUCGUACCAGCUCCAGUUCCAAGGUUCCGGAUCGGCGCCGCACGAACAAAUUCUCUCCGAAGGACUCUUGCAGUCGAUUCUGAGUGCAAUCGAGCAACCCCAGCAUCAACGGGCCGCCGUGUCGCAUCAGCAGGAUGCGUACGAUCCCAACAUUGACCACAGCGAAGUGUCCGUGUUUCUCAAGAGUCCCGAGGGCCAGCAAACGCUGCGGGAUCACCCGAACGGACACGUCGGUCACGAGCGAUAG